GGCGGUUGGCGGGUGGGCAGUUGGUUUUGGCGGGAGCAGAAGUGGUGUCAGGGUUGUCGACCAAGACUGACCAUGUCUUACACUCAGGACACGGCGAUCAUUCGGCCGCAGAAGACACCUAUGACCAUUGGGAAUUCAGAGUGGCACACGAGCCCACGUCAACCCUACGACGACUGCUCACCCAAGCUAAAGACCCACUCCCCACCAUGGACAGGACCAAUGUCAUCUACAACAUGCCCUGCAGAGACUGCGAGAAACACUACAUCAGCCAAACAGAAGGGAAACUAAAAACAAGUGUACAUGAACAUCAACUGGCUACGAAAAGACACAACCAAUACUCACUCAAUCCAUACGGACGAGGAGAACCACAACUUCGACUAGGACAACACCAAGAUCCUGGGACAGGCUAGGCAGAGACAAGCACAAAAAUUCCUGGAAGCAUGGCAGCCCACGAAGCAUGCUCUGAAUAAACAUAUUUGAACUCGACCCCGUAUGCAUUCACAUAUGAAGGAAAACCGGAAGUGAGGCAAUCCACCUCAAUGGACCACAGAGUUUAAAAACCAGGCAGGAAAACACACCAACGCUUCAUCGGAGGCUGCACUGAGGAUGUUACCAAGCAUGAUGGACAAGGAACCAGUAAGUAAUUCUCACAAGGAUGAAGACCAGAAAAUACUUGAUGACAUGAUUAACUACUUGGACACAAUAUUUGAAGAUUUGAACCAACUGUAUGUGCAGACCCAGCUUCUCCUGUGUGAUAUGACUAUAUGCUUCAGUUCUCCAGUAAAUGCUGAAGCUGUCAAGCACUGUGAAGAAACUUACAAACAUCCUAAUGAAAUAUCAGAUCAGCACCAAUGUUAAAACAGUCAAACGAGAUUAUCUUAGAAACCUCAAGUUUUGAUUAUAAAGAACAUUAA